AUGAGUGAUAACACUUGGAGUAAGCUUCCGGACAUUACCGCACAACUGGCGCGUCUCCAUUAUGAAAGGCCCAUUCAAACUCUCCGGAAUGGUGAAAUCCUAUUUGAAGGCGGUCCAGAGAAGGGAAACGGCUUUGGUUUGAUUUCUUAUGAUCCAAAGCUUGAUGAAAGAACUAGAGUUUUAAGGAUACAUGGUUUUCCUUAUAGCCGUGACCUGGAAACUUAUAUUGAGACUAUAGUUUCAGUUAACUCUGGCACUUAUGUUGCGCAACAAGGAAAAGAGGAAACUGAUGACGAGGAAACAGAUGACGACGAUUAUGGGAGAGAAGAAUUCAUCAUUGAUCUAGUUCUUGGGUUCCUGUUGUUGUUGAAGUUAAUUGCCGAAGAUGAAUCAGAAAAAAAGAGUAAAUCUAAAAAGAAAACUGUUUCUGAUGAACAAGAAGAAAUUGAUAGUGUCGAAACACUGAAGGAGAUGCAAAUCAAGGCAAAGGGAGAUGCUCUAAAGAAGAGUAAGAAAGGCUCUGAUCCCGAAGCAACCCCGUCAAGGAAGUCGCAGAGAUUAAAAGAUCAGGUGUCACCUCAAGUACCGCCUAGUUCACCUAGGCCUGAAAAAGCUACUAAGGGAAAAAAGAAAGCAAAGAAAGCUGCACCAAAGGAAGUAUCGGGUGAUGAUACAGAUAAUGAGGAUGAUAAUACAAAUGAUUCCGAAGAUGUGAGGCAAGUUGUUGAUCAUCAGAAGAAAAGAAAAAGACAUGAACCCAAACAAUCGAAAGACCUGGAAAGGAUGAAGAAGAAGCAAAUCGAAAGAUCCCAAAGCACGGGUAACAAAGGUGUGGAUAGAUGAUAUUGAAAGGCUGGGUGGAAAAACUUGAUAAGAAAGGUCAUGAAGAGGAAGUUGUCCGCCUUAUCUUCCUUUACAUGCUAGUCGUCUUGUUCUUUUGUCGUUCAAGUGGAGACAAUUUAGAUGUCUCGUAUGUUGGUUUGGUUAAGGAUUUGUAAACCAUGGACUCUGUCUCUUUUCCUGAUCUUAUUCAUGAACACCUGAUGGAGAGCAUCAAGACUGUCAAAAGAAACAAUCUUCAUAUCAGGAAUUGCAGUGGUUGCACUAUAUAUUCUCUUCUUUGGUUGGCUGAGCAUUCUAACAUAGAUGAGAUAUCAUCAGACAUCGUCAAAGUCAUUUCCAAUGCUACACCGAGAGCUUCAAAGUGGGACUUGGCAGCAAUGAAGAAACCAAUGCUCAAGAAGA